AUGUUGUCGAUACUCUGCAUCUUAAGUAUUGUCGCAGUACAUGGACUGUCAGGUAAGAACAUCAAGACUUCUACACCCGAGUCAAUCGAACAGAUCCCGAAAAUUGUGGGCGGCAAUCCUGCUGAUGAUGGACAAUAUCCCUAUCAAGCAUCUCUUCGUUAUCGCGGCCGCCAUUUCUGUGGAGGUUCCGUGAUAGGUAAAAGAUGGAUCCUUACAGCUUCUCAUUGCUUAUCCGGCUUCAAUGACACGGCCAUUGCUGUUGUAUUGGGCACAAACACUCUGGACAAAGGUGGCGAUAAGUAUUCCUCGAUCAAGAAAUGGGUACAUCCUUAUUAUAAUUCGGCCUUCAUCAGAAAUGACAUCGGAUUAAUUAAGCUGGACAAGGAUAUCGUUUUUGGAGACAAAGUGAAACCGAUUGCUCUGCCCACCAAACGCUUCGAAAAAUCCGAUUAUCCGGCGACGUUGUCCGGUUGGGGUACUACCAGCUAUCCGGGGGAGGCGCCGAACGAAUUGCAACAUAUCCAGCUCACAGUCAUCAAUCAAAACCAAUGCUUAAGCACCAGCUUUCGUAACACUAACAACAAUAUCUGCACACUCAAUAAACGAGGCGAGGGUGCCUGUCACGGUGACUCUGGCGGUCCUCUGGUAGCCGAUGGUGAACAGAUUGGUGUGGUGUCCUGGGGAAUUCCUUGCGCUAAAGGACGUCCGGAUGUAUUCACGCGAGUCCACCCUUAUAUGGAUUGGCUCAACAAGCUCAUGCAAGAAGAUAACUCCGUAUAAACAUAAACGAUCACGGGUCAUUUGGCUCAUGAAUACUUCUUAUAGCAAUUAUAAAAUUUGCAGAACAAUGAUAAAUACUUAGAAAUUAAUUCUCAUUUUGGCAAUAAGAAAUUAAUUGUCAAAUAGUAGAGUUAAUGGCAAUCUUAUUUCAA